GCCCCAGUUACAUUUUUGUUUUUAUUCUUUUAAAUUAUUAUUUUCUAGAAAGGCUGUAAUUUGUCGAAUAUGCCAAAGAUUAUUAGUUGUCGUUCCAGAAAAACCAAAACCAGUAAAAGUUUAGAAGUUUAGGAAGCUUCGGUCGCAUGGCAGGGACGCAUCCAAUUUUAUUUGUCUGCGCUUCUAGCAACUCCAUAUCACCAGCUUUCUUGUCCCCAUUUUUCUUCAUUUUUUUUUAUUUCCUUGAAUUUUUUUCAAACCAUCACUUUCUUCCAGAAGUAGAAUCCUCCUCCCCAAUUCAUAUUAUAUAGAGGCCAUUAUGGAUCUUUUCUCAAUUCCUAUUCACCAACCACAUCCACUGCAUUUCUUCUUCUUCUACAAAUAACAAACACAUCAUAUCUUUCUCGCCCACAAAAAAGUUAUGGAAAUUGAUUACAACUCCGCCAUUUUUAAUAAUCUCCAACAAACCCCGCAAGUCUGCUUUGAAGAGGAAGAAGAAGACGUACUCUCUCUCUGCAAUUUCACUCUCCACGACGCCGAUCAAGACGACCCCAUUUCAUCUCUUCCUGAUCACCCAGACUUUCCCUCUUCUUCUUCUUCUUCUUCUUCUCCGGAUGAUGAUUUUGCAUUCUCCGUUGAUAUAGAAAGCGAACAAACCCAGAGCCCUGCUCUUGAUCGAAAUAACCACGUCGUUUUAGUCUUUGGGAAAUCCAUACCUUGUAGAAAACCAGUUGUUAAUGUUCCAACGACGUCGUUCCAGGAGCGCCGUUUUGAUGACCCGUUUUGUUUGAAAUCCGAGUCUUUCGACAUUUUGAGAGGCCCGCGCUCCCAAUUCUCGACUCGUUCAAACUCCGUCCGGUUACCGGAGACCGGGAAUUGCCGGUACGGCCAGUCGAGUGGCUCUGCUAGGAAGCAUAAGGUUUUGAUUGGACUGGUCAAGUUUCCGUCGCGGAUGGAACUCGGCGAUAUCAAGAAAAGGCAGGAUCGCCGUCCUCCUGUGCCGAUGUUCCCGGUGGUUGAGAACUGUCAACCGGCUCUAGCCAGUGGUAGUGGCAGUGGAGGAGGAAAAGGGCACUGGGGGGGUCUGUUCCGGCCGUUGAGAUUCAGAUCCCAUCUCGUCGGCGCGUUGGCGAAAACCUCCUUUGGUUGCCUGCCGCGCGUGUGAUACCCUUCACGCACUGUUUAUUUUUAUUUUUAUUUAUUUAUUGUAUACAACAUGUUAACCAGCUAGGUGACACUUUUUCAUGCUUGCUUAAUUAAUUAAUUAAUCAUUCUUUAUUUA